UGGUCCUUCGCCCCCUUUUUCCGCUCGUGUUCGCUUUCCGUAGACUGCUUGUUUUUUGUUGCCGUUUCGAUUCACACUUAAGUGCUACAGCUGGCACGGUUUAAGUUCUGUUGCAUCAACGCCCCGCAACGCGAGCCAUAGAGCGCCACGACGAAGCCGUACUGCGGUGCGUGAUCAACUGUUGCAGGAAUGAAUCCAGGCGUCGUCCUAGUCUCAUUUUGCCUCGUCCUUCUCGGCACAUGGAGGGCAAGCCUGGCGAUGACAGAACCAUUUUUCACCCAUAUGGCAUCUUGCGUGGGAGAACCGAUCACAGCCGUCAGUGUACCUCAGAAAGAUCAGGCAGCACUAGCAGCAUGGAACAACCUCUUCAGGCAAAGUGCUGGUGGCAAUGUUGGUAGUGGAGCAGCCUUCGCCCAACUCUUCCAGAAAGCCAAGGGUGUCGCGACGAGCUCGAUCGUUCUGCUCAGAAGAUGGAACCGGUGCUUGAAGAUGGUGUGCGUGCCAGACACAUCUCUGAAGUCCGUGUCCUGCCGCUCCCUCUACUUUUCGUACAACCCGUACAAGCGCACCUGCACGCCUCAGAAGGGUUUCUGCCAGCGGACAAUCAACCACUUCGCUUCGUUGGAAGACUGCCGGAUAGCCUGCACUAGCUCUAGCUCAAGUGAAAGCGGCCGUGCGGCUGCGCCAAUACCACAAGACACCGAAGUCAGACUGGUCAUUCUUCGCAAAAAGAACGGCGCAUCCGUGACUUUAGUGAACAGCACGCUUAAGGUGCCACAGAAGAAAAACCUUUUCUUUGUCGGCUACCUUCUUCCAGACCCGUAUGGUCCUCUGGUAGGAAUAUCGAAAAGCAGCGUUCAUCCGCAAAGUUCAGUCACCAAGGUUGCCGUCAAAAAACCCGAAGUUGCUAAAAUGAAGGCUCUCCCAAGUGCGCCUAAGCAAGCUUGGCCGUCUUCCGUGAGUGGCGUCACAGAUUCUCCGCAGGGGUUACGAAGUGCUUCGCAACCAUCACCCCUGUUUCCUAAGCAAGUUCAAGGGACGUUUGGUACAAGUCAAAUGGCAGGACUCCAGCCGUCUAGAGGGGAAGCUGCUCCACCAAAAUCGCACUUGGCAAGCUUCACUCCUCAGAAGCCUCCACCACCUUUUGGAGCUGCAGGACCACAGCCUAACAUUCCUUCAAAGCCCGAGUUAGAAGGAACAGGUGCGUCCGAAAUGUCCUCCUUGGAACCGUCCGCUGUCGGCCAGAAAACUGUGUCCACCAUGCCACCAGUGCGACAAGCAGGACCUCUAGUAAGCGACAGUGGACCAGGAUUGUUCUCAGCUCGGCCACCUCAAAAUGGCUUGAUGGCUGGCAUGCCGCCAUCGCUGCCUCCCCGCGCAAGCACCGCACAGGGCCCACUUUCAGACGCAAGCCGGGCCCCGUCACUGCCUUCAACACGCGCGAGCGACUCGUCGAAUACGUCCCAGCCAAAACAGCUCAGCGACAUGUCGAUGCCAACAUCGCCUCCUGGCAUGGUAGACCCAUACAUCAGAAAUGAGCCCCCGAGAAACGCUCGUGUCGAGAAGGAAGCAUCGGAUUCGCCCUCAGAAAACGACACUGCGGCGUCGCGCCCGGACAAGUCGGCUGACCACGGAGCUUCCACAACGGCGGCGCCAGCAUCGAGUACUUCAGCGGCGGGACCGACGCAACCGCCGAAGGGCGAUCCGGCGAAAGCUCGGCACGCGCGGGAACUGCCGCUAAGAGAUUGGAUGCCGCAGCCUGUGGCUCCGAUAUCGCGGCGCAGCGCCAGGGAAGGCCCGUUGAGAGAACCGGUGGUAGAAGAAGAGAUUGUCCCUGAAAGGGCACCGCUGACGGGAAUUCGCACGGCGUAUCCUGUGCGCAGAAGCAUUGCCCUGCCCUUUACGACAUCCCGUCGCAGGCGAGAAGACGGCGGAGCGCGCUCGGUGCGCUGGGCGCACCGACCAGGAUCUCGCUUUCCCGCGUCCAUUUCACUCUAGCGGUGGGUAACCCGUGUGCAGCGUCUAUACAGUGGUAAUGAAGUGCGAGAAACUUCGUUUCCGCGAGCUUCGAAAGCUAAGGUAGUAAAAAAACUCCAUACGCGCAAUAAAACGUUUGCCGUCGCGUCUGAUCACUUCUGACGUUGA